GACUUUUUAUUUUUUAAGACUUCUAUUACAGAAUUCUCAACCCAACCACCACGUUCCGCCGCCUCCGGCCACCACCACCAUGCCAGUCUUCAAGGUCCCAUUUAACGGCUACUCCGUGAAAUUCAGCCCAUUUUACGAAUCCCAACUUGCUGUCGCCACCGCCCAGAACUUCGGCAUCCUCGGAAACGGCCGUCUUCACGUCCUCCAACUCUCCCCAAGUCCAGCAAACCCCGGUCAACCCAUCAGUGAGAUAUCCUCCUUCGACACUGCCGACGGGGUCUACGAUUGCUGCUGGUCAGAGUCCCACGAUUCCCUCAUCGUCGCCGCCGUAGCUGACGGCUCCGUCAAGCUAUACGACCUUUCCUUGCCCCCAACUGCCAAUCCUAUUAGGUCCCUUCAAGAACACACCAGAGAAGUCCACUCGGUGGAUUACAAUGUUGUGAGGAAAGAUUCUUUUCUGUCGAGUUCUUGGGAUGACACGGUUAAGCUUUGGACGGUUGAUCGGCCGUCCAGUGUUAGGACUUUCAAGGAACAUGCUUAUUGUGUUUAUUCUACUGCUUGGAAUCCUAGACAUGCUGAUGUUUUUGCUUCGGCUUCAGGGGAUUGUACUGCUCGCAUUUGGGAUGUCAGGGAACCAGCAUCGACCAUGAUUUUACCCGCACAUGAGUUUGAAAUUCUUUCUUGUGACUGGAAUAAGUAUGACGAUUGUGUCAUUGCUACUGCAUCAGUUGAUAAGUCAAUUAAAGUUUGGGAUGUGAGGAGCUUUAGGGUUCCUGUGGCAGUUCUAAAUGGACAUGGGUAUGCAGUAAGGAAAGUGAAGUUCUCACCGCAUAGAGGAAGUGUGAUUGCUUCUUGUUCAUAUGAUAUGACUGUAUGUUUGUGGGAUUACAUGGUCGAGGAUGCACUUAUAGGGAGGUACGAUCAUCAUACUGAGUUCACAGUUGGGGUAGACAUGAGCGUACUUGUGGAAGGGCUUUUAGCAAGCACUGGAUGGGAUGAGCUUGUUUAUGUUUGGCAACAUGGGAUGGACCCUAGAGCGCCUUGAAAAAGGGAAGUUUCUUUUCUUUAUUUUUUUUAAUUUUUAUUUUGUUCUUACAUGAGACAAAACUUGCAUUUGCUGAAAAAUGAGAAAAUUGUACAACUUUCCAUUGGGAUCUUUUGUUGUACAUGUUGUGAAGUAAUAAAAUUUUUCUUUGUUGACUGUAUGAUUAGAAAUUCAAUGUAUCACAUGAUACUGACACUUCUGAUGUCUGUUUAAGAAUUGGGUAACUAUUGUCUUCUUUCACUAGGGGUUCAGAGCAGUUGAGAAACAUACAAAAUGUGAAGAAUUUUUUUUUUCCC